AUGAACAAUUUCGAAUAAGACUUCUAUUAAUUUGUUAAAGAAUAAUUAGCCAAAAAAAGAAAGUUAAAGGACUCUUCCCCUAAUACUCCACAAGAUGAAACUGAUGAAAUGGAAAGUAAGUCAUACUGAUUUUAUUAAGAAAAUAGAUUGUUCAAUUAAAAUGUCAGUAAAGUGUUGUAAUAAGAAAGAAAGAAAAUGAGAAUCAGUAAAGUUUCAAGAGAAUAAUUGUUUGAAAGGAGAUUUAAAGAUUUUGCUAAUAUGGAUACCUUUGUUGAUAUCAAAUUGUUUCUUAAACAUUUAAGCAAUCAGAAAAUUGCUAAAUCAGAAAAAAAAAAGAAGUUAAAAACUCUUAAAAAAAUUGAUUCAGAUAGUGAUAAUGAUGAUUUAUUUGAUUAUGCAGAUAUCAUAUAAAGGAGCAAGUAAAUUGUUGAAAAAAGUACAAUUAUAAGGCACUCUCCUGAUAUUAAAGGUUAUUUGAUAUCAGAAGACUAACCCAAUUCUCCUAAAAAUGAUAUUGAAGAGCUUAAAACAGAAGAUGAUAAAUUUUAUAAUGGUAUAGACUAACUGUUUAUUGAUAUUAAGACUAAAUCAGAGUAGUUAGCAUUAUAAAGAAAAUAUGAAUAAGAAAGAAAAAAUUGCAAAUAAUCUAUAUAAAUGAUUAAAUUACCUUAAAAAUAAAUAGAAGAAAAUCUUUAAGAAAAAGAAAAAAUGGAUGAAUUGAUUGCUAGAUAAGCAAAAUAAUUUAAAGAAUAAACCGAAAAGGUGCUUACACUACUUGAAAAAACGACUAAGCAAUUAUAUAAUAAUAAAUAAAAAAAAGGACCAUCAAGAUAGAUAAAAAAAAAAAAAAAAUUAACAGAACCUAUUUAACAACUGUCAGAAAUUAGUGAAUAAAGAACAACAUUUCAUUAAUUUUAUCCUGAAACUUCUCGAAGUUCUAAUAAACUUCCAUAACUAUCUCCUAACACUUCAAGAAUCUAUUCUCAUAGAACAUUUUUAAGUUAAGCUGUAAUACCUGAUUCAAGAAAGAUAAGUCAAAUUAUUGAGAGAGAAGAACCUUAGGAUAAAAUAAAGAAUUAAUUUAAACAAUUUAUUUAAAAAAUUGAUAGAGCUAAAGCAUCUUUUGAUAAAUCAUACUAAAAUAAUAAAGAGCUCUUAUAAAUUUAAUAAAGAAUUAUUAAAAAUAUGAAUAAAAUUGGAGAAAUACCAUUAGAAAGUUUAAAAAUACUAAAUAAAAAAGAAUUUGAGAAUGGUAAUGUAAAGUUAAAUAAAUUUAAAAAACUAAGGCCUAUGCAAAUAUUAUGA